CACCGCCCGCCGCCCGACCCGUCCAUCUGCACCCAGGAGCAUCCCUUGCAUCGCUCUGACAGCCCCCGACGCGCCGCUGCCUCACGCUCCCGCCUGCCGCCUCCCGCCUCCUGCCUCGCUGCUCGCUGCGCGCUGUUCACGGCACUGCUGGCUCCGCCGCGGGGCGCACGAUGAAGUUCAACCUCUUCCACAUCCUCGGCGACGUGUCGCACACGUCGUCGAAGCUGAUCCUGAUAUGGGCCAUGCACUCCAACAGCAGCUCCGAGGGCGUCUCGCUCAUCACGCAGGCCCUCUACGCCCUCGUCUUCUGCACGCGCUACCUCGACAUCUUCAGCUCCAGCGCCACCCAGGACGCCGAGCACACGUGGAACUUCACCCUCAAGAUCUUCUACACCCUCUCGUCCUUCUACAUCAUCUUCCUGAUGACCAGCGUCUACGCCCGCACCCGCGAGCGCGAGAAGGCCUGGAAGCUCGGCAUGUACUGCCUGCUUGCCGCCCUCGUCGUCGCGCCCUUCUGGUACCUGCUCUUCUCCAGCUAUGUCAUCGGCCGCAGCACCUUCAUGAAGCUGCUGUGGGUCUUCUCCGAGAUCCUGGAGUCGGUCUGCAUCAUCCCGCAGCUGCUGCUGCUCCGCCAGACCACCGUCCCCACCGUCAUCGACUCCUUCUACCUCGUCACCCUCGGCACCUACCGCUUCCUGUACAUUCUCAACUGGAUCGUGCGUGGCGCCAACGAGACCGGCUAUCGCGAUCCCACAAGCUGGGUCUGGGGCACCGUGCAGACAGCCUUGAUGGUCGACUUUGCCUGGGUCUACUACACACGCCAGCGCGUCAAGCUGCGUCAAGGCGGAGUCGUCGACUCGGACGACCUGGGCCGAGGAUGGCUUGUGGGCAGGCUGGCCGGCCUGGGCCGGAAGAGCGCCGACAACUUCGACUACGACGAGGAGUCGGCACACCAGCCAACCACUCCGCAGCAGAACAAGUGGGGAAGGCGAGGCAUCAGUGUGUCUGCCGAUGAGGGUGUGCUGGAUGCCGCGAACCCCAACCGUCGUGUCGACCGAGAUUCCGAGUCCCAACCGCUGGCCGACCCUGCAGCAUUUGAGGACGACGAGAGUGAUGAUGACGCCCCUCCUGCGGUCACGGCAGGCCCGAGUGCUGUCCCUGCCCCAGCCUCUUCGCCCGAGCAUGAGAGUGGCGUCAGAAGGGACGAGUGGGACGAUGACAUUGAUGACGACGCGAAGGCCCACGAUGGCACCGCAAAAUAGCCAGGCAAUGAGUUUGGCAAUCGCACUCUUGUCUUUUUCUGCUUUCGGCGUUGCUGUUGCGUUUUCGCGUGCAGUGGGACCCGAAUGCUGCAGCUAUAUACCAUCCACG